AUGUUGAAAGAUGUUAAAUUCCUUAUUUUGUCCUUGGCUUUGGUUGCCGGCGCUUUGGCCGAUGUCUCCGAAUUGGGCUAUGACUAUCAUGCUCCAGCUGCCUCUCAUGUGCAUGGUGAUUUUGGCGGAGAAGGUGGCUACACCAGCACUUUCCCCUCGUUUGCCCCAGCUGCCUCUGCUCCAUCCAAUAGCUACAUUCCUCCAGCUGCUUCUGCUCCAGUCCAGAGCUAUUCUGCCCCAGCUUCUUACUCAGCUCCAUCCAAUAGCUACAUUCCUCCCGCUGCUUCUGCUCCAGUUCAAAGCUAUUCUGCCCCAGCUUCUUACUCUGCUCCAUCCAAUAGCUACAUUCCUCCAGCUGCCUCUGCUCCAGUCAGCAGCUACACUGCUCCAGCUUCCUACUCUGCCCCAGCUUCUUACUCAGCUCCCUCCAACACUGCUCAAAGUUACUCUGCUCCCGCCGCUGCCCAAAGCUACUCUGCCCCAGCUGCUGCUCCUGCCAACAGCUACAUUCCUCCUGCAGCUUCUGCCCCAGCACCUAGCUACAAUGCUCCAGCUGCCUCCCAUGAUCAUGGAGACUUUGGAGGUGCCAAUGGCUACAGCAGCUCUCAUGGUGUAGCUGCCUCAGCUCCUGUUCAAAGCUACUCUGCCCCAGCCCCAGCUGUCCAAAGCUACUCUGCCCCAGCUGCUGCUCCUUCCAACAGCUACAUCCCUCCUGCAGCUUCUGGCCCAGCUCCAAGCUUCUCUGCCCCAGCUCCUUCUCAAUCUUAUGCUGCCCCAGCUGCUGGUGCCCCAAGCUACUCCGCCCCUGCUGCUGCUCCUUCCAAUAGCUACAUUCCUCCUGCAGCUUCUGCACCAGCUCCAAGCUACUCUGCCCCAGCUCCUUCUCAAUCUUAUGCUGCCCCAGCUGCUGCUGCCCAAAGCUACUCUGCCCCUGCUGCUGCCCCAUCUAGCAACUAUCUCCCACCCCAAGCUGCUGCUUCUGCUCCCACUGCUGAUUUCGGUGAUGAUGGUUACCGUUACAAGACUCAACGUCGUCGCGUCUUCCGUCAACGUUUGUAA